GUCAAAAUUAUUUGCAUCAUGUUCCACGUAGUUGUGGUUUUUAAAUAUUUUCUACGAGUGUUUUUAAGCGUUCUGGGACAAACUGGUUUUCGAAAAAAUACAGACUUAAAAUAUAAUAAUGUGAAACACGAUGAAGCGAGCGUGGAUAACGAUCACGCAGAAGUGCAUCCGCAACGCUCGAAAUCCGAGGAACUGCUAAGACGUUGUUGUCGAGACUUGCCGGUGUCGAAACAACGGUACAUACACCAGAGACUACGCUGUCCUGUCCCGCCUGCAGUCCCGUGCCAAGGUGACGAGAACAACACUCAUCCGAACGGGAUCGUGCAAGGGUACCAAAACGUUAUUCGGACGUUGAAAGGACAAUGCGACGAGAAGUCGACAAUGAUAGUCAAAGGGAUGGUCGAAUUGGAAAAGUUGAAGUGCGCGUUGAAGAGAACACGACGGUCCAACAAAAAUUUGCAACGCUUUAACAGGAAUUUGAAACGAUCGUCGGAGGCGCUGAAGGCGAAGUGCAGGUGUACCGCUUCCAAGCUGUCGGCCGCUACGAGGGCGUUUGACAGGCACACGAGCACAAUUGGGAGCUACGAAAAAUGCUGCUCCCGCUGGGCGUCGGAGCUGAGCGAUAUCGUCGGCGAGCACCGCGUCGAACCGUUGACGACGCGUGAGUUGUUCGAGUUCGCUCGCCGGUCGCUGAGCGAAUUCGUCAAGAUCAAAAGCCAGUUGGACGCAAACGAAUACGAACAGCAUUUCGUCGCAGCUAUGUCCAACAUGAUGUUCAACGAUCAUCACUGUAGUCCAAUACAGUCGACAAUUGUUUGUUCUCUCGGUAUUCAAACCGACUCCUCGAUUGACGAGUCCAUUGGCGUUCAGACCGACUUCGCGGCCGGCGAAUCUGUAGGCGUUCAGACCGACUUAUCGGCCGGUGAGUCUGUAGGCGUCCAGACCAACUUAUCGGCCGGUGAGUCUGUAGGCGUCCAGACCAACUUAUCGGCCGGUGAGUCUGUAGGUGUCCAGACCGACUUCUUGGUCGGCGAGUCUGUAAGUGUCCAAACCGACUUCUCGGUCGGCAAGUCUGUUGGUAUCCAGACGAACAUGAGUUAUCAUCAGACGGUAGGUGUACAGACGCACUUCAAUAAGGAGGAUGAUUCAAUCGAAAUCGCAUCGGAUGAAGAGGAUUACUCACCUAUGCAAGAUAUCGUUGCCGAAUUAUUGGAAAAGUUUGGACACGACACUCGAUUGAAAACAAACCGAUACAAUUUCAAUGCACUGCUGGUAAAAAUCCAAACUCACGGACUCCAAUCGCUAUUUUUUCAAGAAUUAGCGUUCCUCCACAGACAAAUCGGUGUCCAAAGUGCAAGAUUGUUCGAAAAGUACAAGCCGUUGUUGGAUUUGGCUAAAAAAAGAUUCACUUCUUUAAGAUCAAAUACAAUAAGAUAUAAGUAUGAUAUUGUUCAUAUUUUCUCGACACUAGAUACGGUCUUGGAGAUAAAAAACAAAGAAUUGGCUGAAUUAAAAAAUAAUUCUGCUAAGAAUCAAAUUACUUUCAAGACAUUAUUAGACGAAGAGACUCAAAAACGAAUAACCGCGGAAAAUACAAUUUUAGAAGUUAGGGCCGAAAGCGAACAGUUGAUAAAAAGUUAUCGUUUAUGAUAAUUUAUGAUUAAGAAUAAUUAUUAAAAUUCUUAUUGACUAAAUCAACAAAUGGUAAGUCAUCGAUUAAUUCGAUGUUCAAUAAUAAGGUAAGUGUAUAAGUAAUUGUUUUAUGAACGAAAUCAAAACAACUAAGUAUGUAGAAUGUUGUUAGUUGAUAAUUGCUUAUGAGUAACAUAUCACGACUAUAAUCUCGACGCCAAAAAUUGGGAAUCUGUGCCUGAGGAUAAUGUCCAAGGAGCCAAUCUCUUAGCUCCUAUAAAAAGGCAAAAACUGUCUUACAAAAGGAAACCUACGAUUUAGGAAGUCCCUUCAAUGACUCGUAAAAAAUUAAUAUGUCACCCACGGUGUCGAAGCUAGCAAAAUUAAUUUACUAGACAUAUAAGCGCAUUAUAAGUCUGCAAAAAGGAAUGAUAUCCCAACAAAAAAUUACUUAUAAAAAAGCCAAAUUCUAUACCACCUUGCAAAAAAGUCAACCUAACAAAGUAAUGAUAUCUACAUUAUGAUCAAGUUAUUUAGUCCGCGACCUCAUCACUUCACUUCUAUUUUCAUGAGCAACACGGCUCUUUCAUUUCUACUGCUAAAUACUUAACUAUUUUCUGAAUAAAGAAUAAAGCACACUUGGCCUGUGUCACUACUUCAAUAGUUUCGUUUCAGUAUUUAUUUUCUUCCGAGUUCUGACCUCUCUAAUCCUUUAUACUUACAUAUAAAUAUAAGUAUCAUGUACAUACACUUAGGUAUUACAUGACUGAUAUGAAGAUCAUAAUUUAGAAGGAAAAGAAUAAGUUCUAGACCGAUACUAUCGAAGUUAUGAUUUAUGCUUUAACCAGAUAAUAGUCAAGUAUUUAGCAGUAGAAAUGAAAGAGCCGUGUUGCUCAUGAAAAUAGGAGUGAAGUGAUGAGGUUGCGUACUAAAUAACUUGAUCAUAAUGUAGAUAUCAUUACUUUGAAUUUUCCAAAAAAAAUCAGGGUGGUCCAGAACAUGGCCUUUUUUCACCAUAUGUUUUUGUUGGGAUUACUUUUGCACAGCCAUGGUUUACAUUUCGGAAUCAGAUGUCGCUUAUUUAUACCUAUUGAACGAUCAAUCUAACCUGUCUCCGCAACACACUAUCAAUUCUGGCUUCCGUGUAUCACGUUUU